AUGGUUGAAGCAGAUAGAUCCAAUGUUUCUCGCGCUGGGUCACAUACUAAUUCUUACUCUGGAACCAAUCCUAGUCUUAAUGAUGUCGAUUUCACAGAGAACGCCAGCCGCGGUGUGAGGCGAAUGGAAGUUAUCACGGCAGAAUUUACUACGCCAGAUCGCUGGCAAGAUCUUUGGCGCAUCUUCAUUAGCAUUUUUCUUGUCGCAUAUGUUUAUGGUCUUGAUAAUCUUCUUCGACCGGUGUACCAGCCGUAUGCGACGUCUGGUCUCGGAAACCACUCAACACUUGCAACGAUCAAUAUCCUCCGCAGUGUGAUAGGAGCGGCAACUCAGCCGACGGCUGCUAAAAUCGCGGAUGUUUUCGGAAGAUUAGAGUUACUUGUCGUGAGCGUUUUGUUUUAUAUCACAGGUACCAUUAUCGACGCCACUUGCCAUAACAUACAAGGAUUUCUUGCUGGAGCCGUAAUUCACCAGAUUGGGCUCACUAGCAUUAUUUUGCUUUUGGAAAUAAUUAUCGCAGACAUUACAACUUUGAAAUCUCGACUAGCCUAUUCAUAUAUUCCAACGCUGCCUUUCCUAAUCAAUACUUGGGUUAGCGGAAAAAUUAGCAAGGCCGUCCUUUCGAUUACAGAUUGGCGUUGGGCAAUUGGCAUGUGGGGGAUUUUGAUUGCAGUGGCGUCUAUUCUGCUGAUUACCUCCCUCGUUAUCCCUUACGUUCGAGCGCAUAAAGUUGAAAGGUUUGCGGGACGCGAGUAUCGCUUUCACACAAAGAGACCGUGGCACUUUGCGGUGGCUUUAUUCUGGCACCUGGAUGUGAUAAGCAUCCUCUUCCUUAUUGCUACAUUUUCGUUGAUCCUCGUUCCGUUGACAAUUGCCGGACCCGCAAGGGAGCAGUGGCGAGAGCCCAGAAUCAUUGUACCUCUGGUCUUUGGUUUUUUGUGCAUACCCCUAUGGAUCGUAUGGGAGAAAUGGUUCGCGAAAGUUUCACUGCUCCCAAUCAAGCUCCUAAAAGAUCGUGCGGUCUGGGGCGCUCUUGGAAUAGGUUUGAUGUUGAACUUCUGCUGGAAUGUGCAAGGCAACUUUUUAUAUACAGUUCUUGUUAUUUCAUUCGAUGAGUCUAUUGAGAGUGCCACUCGGAUUACCUCUCUCUAUAGCUUCUGCUCAGUUCUUACGGGCGCACUUCUAGGUCUUGUUGUGCGCUAUGUCCGUUAUGUACAGCCAUUCAUUGUCUUGGGCACCCUUCUUUUUCUCGCUGCAUUUGGUGUCCUCUAUAGAUAUCGUGGUGGAGCAGAUGGUUCUAGUCACGCUGGAAUUAUUGGGGGACAGAUAUUCCUCGGCAUAGCCGGCGGCCUCUUCGCUUACCCUACCCAAGUCUCCAUACAGGCGGCGACUAAGCACGAACACCUUGCUGUCGUUACGGCUCUAUACCUCGCCCUGUACAACAUCGGUUCGGCUUUUGGUAGUGCUGUUUCUGGGGCUAUCUGGACACAGACCCUAAUCCCUACUCUACUCAAAAAUCUUCCCCCACCGUACAACACCAGUAACGUCGCACAUCACAUCUCGGCGUCGCCAUUUGAAUACGCGAAGAAUUACUCUAUGGGUACGCCAGUGAGAGAAGGCAUAGUUAAGAGCUAUAUGCAUACCCAGAGAAUGCUGACCAUGACUGGUUUGGGUCUCUGCGUACCGCUGGUUGUCUUCAGCCUCUGUAUUCGCAAUCCUGAACUAGGCGACGAACAGAGCUUGCCUAACGCAGAAGCUGAAAUCAUGGACCCUGAGCCAGCAAAUAGAAUUCACUUGAAGUCGUUGAGAUUUUGGAAGUAACGCCGUCGGAUUGGUACUGUGUUCCAGAGAAGGCACAACCAGUCAUUUUGGUUAGGACACUAAUGAUUUCUUCACUAAGAUACAGCCAUAGAUGAGAUUAUGCGCAGUAUAGUGAUCGAGGUCUUCCAGUGUCUGGGGUCGUA